GAGAAGCAGCUCUUUGCAUCUCUAGUGAAAGUGCUUUUGACUCGUCAAGUUUACCAGAGAAGAAAUCACCAGGAUUUUUGCAUCCGCUUCCAGCUUCUGUGUGCAUCUCUGUGUGUUUUCUUCAGUAGAGACUUUCUGCCGUUCAAGAUUCUCAGCUUCAGAUGAGCAGGUAGCAGGCACGUGUGCGGGGCUGGACAUCUUAGCCAACUCCUUCUCCUGGAGGAUCCUGCCUCUCUCUGGGACACCCUGAGCACACAAGACCAGCAUUUGCAGCGGGGAACCAGGAGAAAUUUGCCUACAACUCUCUCUGGGAUCCACAAGGACAGAACAGCUCGCUCUGCGGUGAUAUCUGAUUUGGUUGUGUUUGUGUCGAUAAGUCUUUUGAGGGGGGGUUAGAAGUUUCUGUGUGUCUUUUGGAAAGUGUUGUGGUGGGGUUGUUGAGAGCCAGCUCUAGCACCAGGGAUUACAACUCAGUUCUUUCUGUAGUUGACACUUGCACGGUUGGAGUCAUGCAGUUGGAUAAUGUCACCAAUGCGGGCAUCCACUCCUACCAGGGGCACCGUGGAGUUGUCAACAAGCCCAAUGUGAUCUUGCAGAUAGGGAAAUGUAGGGCAGAAAUGUUGGAGCACGUCAGGAGGACCCACCGGCACCUCCUGUCCGAGGUCUCCAAGCAGGUGGAGCGCGAGCUGAAAGGCUUGCAGAAAUCAGUUGGGAAGUUAGAGAAUAACUUAGAGGACCAUGUCCCAACUGAUAACCAAAGAUGGAAGAAGUCUAUCAAGGCCUGCCUGGCCAGGUGCCAGGAGACCAUUGCCCAUUUGGAGAGGUGGGUCAAGAGAGAGAUGAAUGUUUGGAAGGAGGUCUUUUUCCGUCUGGAGAAGUGGGCAGACCGUCUGGAGUCCAUGGGAGGCAAAUAUUGCCCUGGGGACCAUGGGAAACAGACUGUGUCUGUUGGGGUGGGAGGCCCGGAGAUAAGGCCAAGUGAGGGGGAGAUUUAUGACUAUGCCCUUGAUAUGAGCCAAAUGUAUGCGCUGACCCCUCCUCCUGGGGAGGUGCCCAGCAUCCCCCAGGGCCAUGAUUCCUACCAGUGGGUCUCUGUGUCAGAGGAUGCUCCAGCCUCCCCAGUGGAGACCCAGGUCUUUGAGGAUCCCCGGGAGUUCUUGAGCCACUUGGAGGAGUACUUAAAGCAGGUGGGUGGAACAGAGGAGUACUGGCUGUCUCAGAUCCAAAACCACAUGAACGGACCAGCUAAAAAGUGGUGGGAAUAUAAGCAGGAUUCUGUCAAGAACUGGGUUGAGUUCAAGAAGGAGUUCCUGCAGUACAGUGAGGGGACUCUGACUAGAGACGCUAUCAAAAGGGAGCUUGAUUUGCCCCAGAAAGAGGGGGAACCCCUGGAUCAAUUCCUUUGGCGCAAGAGAGACUUGUACCAGACCCUCUAUGUUGAUGCAGAUGAGGAGGAAAUUAUCCAGUAUGUGGUAGGCACCCUCCAGCCCAAACUGAAGCGCUUCUUGAGUUACCCCUUGCCCAAGACCUUAGAGCAGCUGAUCCAAAGAGGGAAGGAAGUCCAAGGCAACAUGGACCACUCUGAGGAGCCCAGCCCACAGAGGACCCCUGAGAUUCAGUCAGGAGAUUCUGUGGAGACCGUGCCUCCCUCAAGCACUGUCAGUCCUGUGCCAAGCAAUGGGACUCAACCUGAGCCCCCCAGCCCCCCAGCGACUGUCAUAUGAGCCAGGCCAAAGGAGACAGCAAUCUGGGUUAUAUGAAAGGGAGAAGGGGGCACAUUUAGGAAGCUUCUCCUUGGAGAGAGGUUCUGGCUGAGACGAGACAUGAGGUGUGCUCAGUCCAACAGCCCAUAGCAGAGGAAAUAACUUUGCUUGUGGGGGGAGGGAGGUGAUGGGGGAGAGGCACCUUAUGAUGUUGUUGUCCACCUCACCUGAGCCAUGCAAUACGGUGGUGCUGGAGAGCCUACUUGCACCACUGUGGGGAAUGGACGAUUUUUAUGAGAUCCCUGACAAGAAACUAAAGACAAUUCCCAACUUCAGAGGCAGCUGCUUAGCACUGGUAGCUUUCAAGGACUUGAGUGCAGCAAAUGGCUGAGGGUUCCUACCCAUCUGGAUCUCUCCUUCUCUCUUAUCUGAAGAGGUGCCUCUGUCCAGAUGAGACAUCUUUCUUUUGACCCUUGCCCAUUUCUGAUUUACCACUAGGUUUCUGUUCAGUUGGCAAUCUCCUGUUCUUACUUGCUCCAAAGGAUUAAAUAUUUUUUAAAUUUUUUUUAGAAGAAAUCCUAUGAUUUCAGGAACUGCAAUCUU